AUGACCAAGGUGAAGCGAGAUGGAGACGACUCGGAAAGCGACUCUGCUGACGAGUACGCACGAUGGAAAGCUAGCUCGGGUCCGACAACGCCCAACCUCUCCGAGACAGCAGCUCAGCUACGACGAAGUCUCAGCGUCACUGGCUUGCAAGAGCUUGCCCAUACGCCAAGAAGCCAAAUCCGCAAAUCGGCUGUCAACAAGGUAUGGCGACCGCAGGACGAAGUGGCUCGAAUUCCCAGCGACUGGGAGCGACUUGCGGUUCACGUAGUGCGAGGUGGUCUCAGGGCUGGUAAUCUGGCUUUUGCCUUGAGAGCGACGCUCAUGCUCGUGCUCGAACUUGUCAAGUCGCUCCGCACCCGGAAGUUCAAGGGCAACUCGUAUGGAGUCGCACUGUUUGGACCUCGAAACUUCCGCUUUGCAGCGAUGUUUGCCAUUUGGGCGUCGCUCUACAAAGCGAUUCACAAUGGGUUGCGGCUGCUGACCCCACCGCCGGUCAAGAAGUCGCGGUCACGCUCAGGUAGCGCCAUGUUCAGUAUCGAAAAGGCAGACGGCAGCAGAUCGCCAGAAGAGCCUCUCAGCGGAACCUCGACGCCUCGCUCGGGUAGCGCUGCAUUGGAGGGAAAGUCGCCCGAGGAAUCGGCAAAGGAGAGGGCCAAGCAGAAGCGGCGUGCCUUUAUGCCCGAUCCGCGCUCCAAAGUCUGGCAUGCCUAUGUCGCCGGUGCCAUUUCCGCGUUGGCUGUGCUUGUGGAGAGCCAUGACAACCGUGUCAGCUUGGCUCAACAGCUGUUUGUGCGAGGCCUGGAAGGCUCAUACAAUGUUGCUCAUGAGCGUGGCUUGAUCAACAUCCCCUACGGUGCCGUCAUCACCUUUGGUCUAGCCUGUGGUCAGAUCAUGUGGGCGUGGCUCGAGGCGCCGGACUCGCUGCCAAGAGGCUACAGGAAUUGGAUCACUCGUGCAUCACAGGUCGCACCGCGCGUGACAGACAUCUGGCGCGACAUCCGACACGAAGGGAAGGUCGUCGACGCCGACUUUGCCCUCAAGUGGUUCCCAGAUGGCAAGGUGCCCGAGCCUAUUUCGGUUAGCCCACUUCGCUACGCUGAUGUGCCUGCGACCUCGAUGAACCGUCGCGGUAUCAAGGGCAAGAAUGUUCGCAGGAUUGUCGAAUGGAUGGACCAAACACGAAAAGGAAACCCAGGAGAUAUUGUCGACUGUGCGCUGGUACACCCAUGGGAGACAAGCCACUGGCGCAGCCCCGUUGACCGUUUCAUCGAGGUGACACGCUGGAUCUUGCCCGUGUAUCUUACGCUGCACUUUGUUCCUGCCAUCUUUUUGCGUCCGGGCAAGUUCCUCAAGGAUCCGCUUGGUGCGACGCUACGUUCGCUGCGGGGCUCGGUGCGAUCCUCGUCAUUCUUGGGCGUCUUUGUCAUCAUCUUCCAGACACUCUUCUGUGCACAGCAUUCACUUUACAACUACAUUCAGGCAAGCGAGAGGCUCCGACGAAUCGUGCCCACUUGGUUCUCGCGCAUGCUCAUUAGCUCGUGGAUCAAAUGGGUCACGGGCUUCCUAACGUGCCUGUCACUCUUUGUGGACGACUCGAGGCGUCGAGCCGAGCUGGCAGCCUAUGUGCUGCCCAAAGGUAUGGAGAGCGCCUGGUCCGUGCUUAGGAAGAAGUCCUACGUUCCAUUUGUGCCGGGCGGUGACCUCUUGCUCACAUCGGCAGGUAUGUCGCUCGUGAUGGGCACGUACGCUCAGAAUCCAGAGCUUCUCUCGGGUCUGGUCCGCCGAGUCGUGUAUCAAUUUGUUGGCCGCAACUAG